UUGCUUUCUCAGGCGAGUCAACAAGGCGAGAAUGCACUACGUCAACAAAUUCAACGAUGCAACGAACAACGUGAACAGUUUCAAACGACGAUACAAAAUCUAAACUGCGAUAAACAAGGACUACAGAGAAAAUGUGUUCAAAUUGAACGUGAAAUGUUCCAAAUCCGUGAACGUUUCGACGAAAUGCUACGCAAUCGUCCGUCAUCGAGUGAAUGUGAUCACUGCAAACGAUUCUCAUCAAAUGUUGAUUUUGAUCGCAAUCGAUCCAAACCCUCAUUACCAUUAUCAGCUUCAAAACAGAAGGAUUCGUCAUGUACCAAUGAUGAACUGCGAUUAGAAGUUGAGCAGUUACGAGGUGAAAUCUCGACAUUACGAGAGACGUUGAAUGAACAGAUCGGAAUGUUCGGUGAUGAACGAAGACGCUGGGAAAUGGAACGAAAUAAGAUGCUUCAAUUGAACCCGUCCAAUUUAAACCCUUCUUUAUCAGUUUAUUCGAAUCGCUCAAAACCGCCACCCUCCAGUGCAAUAUCUACACAGCAGCAACAACAAUGUGUUGUGAGCGCCGAUCAGUUGAUUUAA